AUGACGUUAUCUGAAGGAAAUCAAAGUAUCAUACCCACUUUUAUUCUCUUGGGUUUUUCAGAAUAUCCAGCACUCCAGAUUCUACUCUUCCUGGUUUUCUUGUCUAUCUAUAUGGUCACUACUGUAGGAAAUUUGGCCAUGAUAAUAAUCAUCAAGAUCAAUCCAAAACUCUACAUGAUCAUGUACUUUUUCCUUAGUCACUUGUCCUUUAUAGAUUUCUGUUUUUCCACUGUAGUUACACCUAAAUUGUUGGAGAACUUGAUUGCGGAAGACAGAACGAUCUCCCUCUCCGGUUGCCUUAUGCAGUUUGGCUUUGCUUGCAUAUUUGGAGUAACAGAAACUUUUAUGUUAGCAGCGAAGGCCUACGACCGUUGUGUGGCAGUUUGUAACCCCUUGCUCUAUACCACAGCUAUGUCUCAGAAGCUUUGAGCUUUCCUGGUGGCUGGGUCUUACUCAUGGAGCAUAGUGUGUUCUCUGACACUCACAUAUUUUCUUCUUGCUUUAUCCUAUUGUGAGUCUAGCAUCAUAAAUAAUUUUAUCUGUGACCACUAUGUAAUUGUUUCUGUCUUCUGUUCGGACCCCUAUAUCAGCCAGUUGCUGUGUUUUAUUAUUGGCAUAUUCAAUGAGGUGAACAGCCUGAUGAUUAUUCUGAUGUCCUAUAUACUCAAUUUUAUCACGGUUAGGAGGAUGCCUUCUGCGAGUGGGCGCCGGAAAACAUUCUCCACCUGUGCCUUCCACCUGAGAGCCAUCACCAUCUUCCACGGGACCGUCUUGUUCUUUUACUGUAUCCCUAAAUCUAAAAUGUCUUGGCUCAUAGUUAAAGUGUCAUCUGUGUUUUACACAGUGGUGAUUCCCAUGCUGAACCCCUGGAGCUACAGCCUUAGGAACAAAGAUGUGAAAGACACAUUCAGAAGAUUAGUUGUCGCAAAAUUGCUUUGUCACUCAAUAUAA